CUACUUCACGAGGGAGCCGUGCUUCCAUUGCUGUUAAAAAGCCGAUAAUUCUUAUUAAGAAUAUGCAUUGAACUAAGAGUGAAGAGUUCUCUCAUAACAGAUCUUUUGUGCUCACAAUAGGAAGCAAAGGGUACACCCCUAACCGCUUACACCGAAUAAAUCGAAUUAUGGAUUUAGCAGUUCUUAGAGUGUUUCUGGAGGUACGCACUACGCCCCUCUUGACUUUUCAGACAUGACGUCAUAGAAUCAACCCUUGUCAGAAUUUUUGAGCGUGACACGCAUAGAAGGUAACGGAGAAACGGUCAUUAAUUUUGUUGCACAAUGUCACAAACUGCUGUAACAUCCACUGGAAUGGAGCGCAGUAUCCAUGAAAUGUUAAAAGAUGCACCUUCUCUUAAUGAAAGUGAGAACGCAGUACACACAGGAACUCCGCCACCACAUGUGCCCAACAACCUCGUUGGAGCCAGUCAGGCAAGACCAGCAACUAUGACCCUACCACUUGGUAGCCCAACAUCUCAAAACUCAGUGAGUAUGUCACCAGGUACUCCCUUGCAAAAUGGAGAUGCACAGACAAUGCGUUCUGCACAAAGUAAAAUUGAGAGUAUCAAAAACUGGAGUAUCUCAACAUAUAAGUGCACUAAACAGCUUAUGUACGAGAAAUUGGGAAAAACAUCACGCACUGUAGACUCUGAACUUGAAGCUCAGAUAGAGCUAUUGCGUGAUACUCAAAGAAAAUAUUGUAACAUUUUACGUCUGUCACGUGCACUGGCAUCUCACUUUCAUCACGUAGUGCAAACACAACAUGCUCUCGGAGAAGCAUUUUCCGAACUGGCUCAGAAAUCACCGGAAUUGCAAGAGGAAUUUCUGUACAAUUCGGAAACGCAGCGAAAUUUGACUAAAAAUGGUGAAACUUUACUAGGAGCCUUGAACUUUUUUGUUUCCUCGGUGAAUACUCUCUGUAACAAAACAAUUGAAGACACCCUGCUUACUGUCCGACAAUACGAAACAGCCAGGAUAGAGUAUGAUGCAUACAGAACUGAUUUAGAAGCGCUGGCGCUAGUUGCAAAAACGGAUGCGAGCAGUGCUGCCAGAAUGGAAGAGGCUCAAUCGAAUUAUGAGCAACACAAACAAAAUUUUGAAAAACUACGAUCUGACGUGUCUAUCAAAUUGAAAUUCCUUGAUGAAAACAGAAUUAAAGUGAUGCAUAAGCAAUUACUUUUAUUCCACAAUGCAGUCUCAGCCUACUUUUCUGGUAAUCAAACAGCUUUGGAAGCAACUCUUAAGCAGUUUAACAUUAAAGUAAAGUCACCAAAUUCAUCCUUGCCUUCCUGGCUCGAACAAUAAAGAAGAAAAUUGAUAUCACCAGGAGAGGAUUUUGGUGCUUAUCAGUCAGUUUAUCAAUUCUAACGAUUUAUCAGCAUCCUACCGACAAGGUACUGUUUCGUGUUGCGAUCGGAUUUCGCAGAGUCUAAAUGAUAUUAAUAGGACAUUGAUAUAUGGGAAAAUGUUCCAGGAGUGUUUGAUUUUAAAAUAACAUUCCCUACUGAAAAACUUGGCCAUGAAUUCCCAAUCUAUGAUAAGAAUAAUUUAAACUCAAAUGUCAACAGGUAUCUGAUAUUAAAAAUGAAGAUUCUAAUUACUAAAUGUACUACAGAUUACCUAACUCGGCCAGCCGGAGUGACCCUUUCAGAAAAAAAAGGGUUGGGCCUCGUUCUGUUUUAAUGCUUUUGCUAGACAUAAAAGUUUGUUCGUUCUCUCAAGGCUCGUUUUAUGCUUGUGUGUUUAAAAAUUGAUGGACAUUUAAACCAGAAAUAGAAGAUAUAAGGAAAUCUUUAGAUUCAUCGUAUAUUUAUAAAUAGCGAUGAAAUUCCAAGAUGCAAAACUAGUCACUCCUCAAUCACGCUUUUGACACUAAUGGUUUUCUGAGGUAUACUUGUACGUUUUCCAGCACAGUUUUCCAUUUAACUUGCAAAGAUGAUGCCAAUUCAUGCAUGUGCAGGUAGCAAUAUUAAUUCCACGUUUACAGGUCUUAUUUACAUUUUAAGUUAUAAGGAGAUGACCCCUUGAAGUGUAACUGAUAUGGCAUCCUUCCCAUAAAUAACUAGUAUACAAAUUAUUACCACGUUGAUCUUGUUUGCUAAGUUGCUGAAUUAAUAUAAAUUCAUUAUAAAUUUUGUUUAGCGUCGAGAUUUCUAUUUGAUAACUUCACAUCCAUCAGAAAAUACUGAAUACUAUUCAAUAUUCUGUACAUACCUUGAGCGUUGAAAUGAUCUCAUUAUUCAUAAAAGGAGAAACCAGUGUAAUUAAUCAUAACGUGUGAUGCAUACCUUAUCUGACGUGGAUGAUAACAAUGACGGUGUUUUACAUAAAGUAUACCCUUUUUUGAGGUAUCGUUCUAGACAUAUGUAUAUCAUCUUUUUAGAUAUUAAAUAACAGAAGUAACAUUCUCUACGAUUUUUGUGUUAUCGUUGUAUUUUAAUUUGAGUUAUUCUAAAUCAGUUAUAGCAGGAACGUUAAAAUAAAUCGAUACACUUUCAUAUUCAGCCUUGUAAAUCGGCAACUUUGCUGAAGAACCUAUGACAAAUAAUUAUGUAAAUGUAGCAUCCUGAUGAUUAAGUUAUUAAACAUAAAUAUAUAUAUAUAUAUUAUAAUGAGGCUUACAGUAUCGUGUGUAUAUUGUGUAUAUACACAUUCUUAUGAAUAAAUGAAGGCUUAUAUAAUGCACCUGUUGCCGAUUUCCAAGUAUAAUGCACAGAAAGACGAAUUUCUAUGUAAAGUAUAUUUCGCAGAGUGACCCUCAACAAUUGCAUUAUAAUUCAAAACAAA